UUGAUAACACACAUAAAUCCCACCAGAAUGGCGGACCGUCGGCUUCAAUUCUUAUUGCUAGUUAGCAAUCUAGUUUAUUAUAUAUAUCUGUGGUUAAAUGAAUCAUUCACUAAUCACUAUUCAGUGUCAUUAUUUAGAUUUUGAAUUUCGGUCAUAUUUCAUGAAAAAUCUUAAAUUUAACCUAUCAUCCUCCUCAUUCCUCGAAAAAUUAUGCUGAAUGUGACCACUGACCAUCGACUCAACCAUUUAAUUUAAUUUAAAAAAUGAAUUAUUUACAAACUUUUCGUUAGAUCCUUUUACGAAUAUCAGCUCGCGGUUUUGUAUAACGAAUAACAUAAUACAAGUAUUUAAUAAUUUUAGUUCUAUAUUGUUAAAACUUAGUGGCUAAGGCUUAACCUUGAUUUUGUCAGUAUUAUAUUAUAUUCAUAUAAUAUUUUUGAAUAUUUUAUGCAACUUGUUGAGUUUAUCCAGCUAACAGCUGACAAGUGGCAACCACUUACCAGAAUUUGUAAGUAGUUGAAUUGUUAUUGGUUGAUGAUUGGACCACUGCUGCAGCCUGUGGUCUGUGGAUAAUAUCUGAAAACUGAUAGCUAACUGUUAAGUGUUAACCAGUACAUUUGAAUUUUGAAUAUUAUUUGUCUUCAAACCAUUUUCAAACUUCAAUGCUCGAGCGUUUUUCUCAAUUUGAAAUUAAGUAUUAAUAUAAACGAAUUCGAUAAAAGAGAUAUAACAGGAUACAGAGGAAACAACUAAACUUCUCGGAUAUAGAAUUGAACGUAAUAGUAUUAUAUUCAAAGGUUUGAAAAAUGUCUUCAAAAAAAAAAACUAAAACUCGUUUAAAACCAAAUCCAAUGUUUGAAAAAUGGAUUUCCGAAUGGAUGGCUGAAGCAACAGAGAAAAAUUUAGAAGUCCGUCAUGGUUAUCGUAGAGCAUUACAAGCAUUGCAAAAAUAUCCUUUGCCUUUACAAAGUGGUAAAGAAUGUUUGAUUUUAAAAUUUUUUGGGAAAAAAUUAUGUGAUAAAAUUGAUAAAAGGCUUGAACAAUAUAAAAAUUCUUUAAACAUUGAAAGAGAAGUUGAAGAUAAUAUGCUUCAACAACUGGCAAUCCAAAAUGUUCCAUCAAAAUCAACAACAGUGAUUCCAAUUGACAUACCUAACCCAAUAAAUUCUACAGGCUCUAAUAAGCUUAAUGAAUUAAAUCCAGUAGUAGCAGAUAAAAUAGUCAUUUGGCCAAAUGAAUUUUCUGUCAUACUUCUCAUUGAUACAGGAGAAACAUCAAGUUUAAGAAAAACUGAUAUGAGCAAAGUUACAGCUCAACUUUUAUCUUUAAAUAUAACUUUUGAAAUGAGACGAUUAAGUAUUGGAGAUUUCGCUUGGGUAUGUCGUGACUGUCACAAUAAUGAACUAAUGUUACCAUAUAUAAUUGAACGUAAGCGACUUGAUGACUUAUCAAGUAGUAUUCAAGAUGGGCGUUUCCACGAGCAAAAAUUUAGAUUAAAACAAUGUGGUAUCAAAAAUAAAAUAUAUUUACUAGAAAUGGGCAAAAAAUAUCAUGGUUUGCCCUUGGCAAAUUUAUUACAAGGAAUAGCAAAUACAGAGGUCGUAGAUGAGUUUACGAUAAUCAAAACUGAAAAUCAUUUGGAAUCUAUUAGUUACAUAGCGAGUUUAACUAGUUUAUUGACUGAUAUGUAUUCAAACAAAUUGUUAACUACCUGUAUGGAUGAUCAUCCCGAUUCUGGUUAUGGAAGUACAGCAGACGCUGUGACACUCAUAUCAUUUAAAACAUUCAAUAAAUGUUCAUCAAAAAGUAAGAAUAUGACUGUACGGGAUAUGUUCAUUCGGCAUUUAUUACAAAUACGAGGAUUAUCUGUGAAAAAGGCUUUUGCAAUCGUUGAGCACUACCCGACUCCUAUUUCACUCAUAAGAGCUUUUAGAAGUUCCCGUAACCCACUUUUGCUAGCUAAUAUUACAUAUGGUGUACCGAGCAAAAUGGUUGGUCAAAUUAUUAGCAAGACUUUAUUUCAAUUAUAUUCGAAUGAUGGUAAUAUUCUAAUGUGACGACUUGUUGUUUAUUACUCAAAUUUGUAAAGUUUAUUAUUAUUAUAUUGUAUCAUUCUAUCAUUCAUUAUUAUUUUUGUAAAAUAAAAAUGUUUUUUUUUAAAAAUA